CGCAGCCGCAGUGCGAGCGGCUCCUGGCGGUGUGUGGCGGAGGGAGACCGUGGGGGGAAAGCGUUGACGCUGCGAUGGGGACGGAGGAGAAGAAGAAGCAGCCGCCGCCGCCGCAGAGCGGCAACAUCAGCAACAGCGACAACGAGAGCCGAGCGCUGGCCAAUGUCAGCUCAGACAGCCCGGGGCAGGGUUGUGGACGGGGCAAGAAACGGAUCCUGGACGAGGAAUCGUACAUCGAGAAUUUGGGGAAAAUUAUCCAGCGUGAUUUCUUCCCUGAUGUCAUAAAAUUAAAUGCUCAGAGAGAGUUUUUGGAGGCUGAAGAGAGUGGCGACAUGGAAAAGAUGCGGGAAAUAACCAUAAAAUUUGGCUCUUCACUUGGAAAACCAAGUCUGGUGACUCCUGCCCCAUAUCACACACCAGGUUCUUUUGAAACGCCAGAAGGUAUCUCGUGUUCUCCUUCACAGAAUAAAACCAGAACGGGUGCAAAGUCCACAGGCAAUGAAGGGGAGAAGAAAGAAGAGGAGUUGCCAACACUGGACACCUACUUGGGGAAAAGUACCAGUGAAGAUAAUGCCUCCUUCAAUCAAAUUAUGGAUCUUGCUGAUGAGAAGAAUAGGAUUAAACAUGCUUGGCUUUAUGAGGCAGAGGAGCUAUCAAACCAGGGCCAUGAAGAAAUGUUGGCGCUACCAUCACCUGACGACCUGGCCAUUGAGGAUAGAAGAGCAGGAGUAAAAACCUGGAAGUAUAAAGCCAAGAACAGUCUGAUGUAUUACCCAGAAGGAGUGAAAGAUGAUGAACUCUUCAAGAAACCCCGUGAGGUGAUUCACAAAAAUACCCGCUUCCAGUGUGACCCUUUCAGUCGAACCCUGAGCAAAUCACAACUGCAGCAAGCGGCAGCUCUCAAUGCACAGUUCAAACAGGGCAAAGUAGGGCCUGAUGGGAAGGAGCUGAUCCCGCAGGACUCGCCCAAAGUGAAUGGCUAUGGCUUUGUGAAGACACCUUCUCCUGCUCCAGGUGUGACUGACUCGCCGAUGAUGACGUGGGGUGAGAUUGAUGGGACUCCAUUACAUUUGAGUGGCACAGAAAGCCCCCAAGUGGAUAGGACGCCAGGGGGACCUUCAUUUAAGAUUCUGGAACCGGGCAGGAGGGAAAGAUUGGGACUGAAAAUGGUCACUGAGGUUGCGGCCAAAAACAGAAGCAAGAAGCAGGAAGCUUUGAGGAAAGCAACCGAGAGUCUGGUCAGUCUCUCUCCGCACAGUAUCAGCCCUGUGAUGUCCCCAGCCCUGCAGCGUCUCGUCAACAGGACCUCCAGCAAAUACACGGACAAAGCUCUGCGUGCCAGUUACACGCCCUCCCCGACACACAAGGGGACCCCGCAGUGCAAAACGCCGAGCGCUGGCGUUACCCCAAUCGAGCUCACUGCUACUCGGACACCUGGCAGCCAGGACCCCACCUCCAUCACCGACGACCUGCUGCAGCUGCCCAAGAGAAAGAAGGCAUCAGACUUCUUCUAGUGCUGGACUUGUGCAUCUCCUUGCUCUUCUGCCCAAAAGUGUGGACACGGGAAACAUACAACAGUAUUUAACAAUGAAGGACGAUUUCUCAUUCGUCGACUGCCGAGUGAAACUUUAACCGUACUCUUUGUUUGCAACUUUCCCAGAUCCGAUAUGGCACAAUCGACACGGGAGUUAUAGAUUCAGGCACAAGCUACCUGUUAAACCUCUUGAUCCUUGCGAUCUACCUGCUUUAGCCCCGUGAAGUAACCGGGCAGUGGUUGACCAUCUCAACGUCUCGCUGCCUGAUUCCGGUUAGCCCGCAGCAGCAUUCCUCCAGCGCUCUGGGAAACAUUAUUUUUAUUUAUGAACCUUUUCAGUGCUCAUGUAUCAUAUGCCCCUGAUACACCUCUGUUAACGUGGCAGAGACGGCAACAUGGUUUGGUGGUUUUAUUGUGAAGAUGUGGUUGGUUCAGGGGUUCGGCCUAGCCCCCAUGUCAAAGGAACGUUUACCCCUGUUAGUGACCUUCAGCAGCAUGUGAGUUAGUUUCUCCACCACCCACAGUCCACCCCUGGCCUCACUGAACAGUAAUAUGGGCUCUUCACCCACUCCUCCUCAUGUUCCUCAAACAACCAUCUGCAGUUAGUCCCGGUGUUCAGUGGCUACUGCUUGUUCUCAUUCACUCGCUUGUCUAAACUCUCCCUCAUCCAUCAUACCAUCAGUGCCCCCUUGUUGUGCACUGGUGCCCUUUGUAGCUCCAUGCAGUGUAUCUUUUCUCUCAUCCCCUCACUGGGCUGCCCCUUCCACCAUGUCCUACCCUCUUAUUGAUACGUAAACACACUCACUCUCCCUCCAUCACCCCUUUCUCAAAUAGUGCAUUCUCUCACAGGCCCCCUUUGAGUUAUGGACAUUCCGCUAAUCCAAAUAGUUGUAGUUGGGUUUUCUGCCUGAAAUUUAUUGUGGCAAUGACCUCUGGUUAAAAAGAACCAUGUGCCAGUUUUUUGUGUUGACUUUGAGCAUUGCAAUAUUUCCAAAUUGAAACUAGCUGCACUAUCCCUGCUCCUGCAUCUGCUGAUUUACUGUUGUAUCUGUAACCUAGAGACAUCAUGUCCCCACUCAAACCACUGCUCUGAAUCAUAAGGUCAGAAGGAAUAGGAAUUAGGCCAUUCGGCCCAUCAAGUCUACUUCGCCAUUCAAUCAUGGCUGAUCUAUCUCUCCCUCCUAACCCCAUUCUCCUGCCAUCCCCCCUUAACCUCUGACACCUGUCAGAGUAAUCAUAGCGGCAUGUUAUGUCGCUGAAAGUUCAUAUGUGCCAUAGUUAUGUGCCAUAGUUAUGCUGGGUGGAAGAUCAGCGAAUUCCUCUUUCCCAGCACAAUGGGCUGCAGUUCAUAGCCUUCACCACCCAUUGGACUCAACUUCCUGUUAUGCCCCCACUUACUUUUCUUUUUGCCUGGGAAAUGUUGCUCUCUCCUCUCUGUCCUUUAAUUUGAUGCAUUGCAGUUAAAAUAUACCUUCACCUCCUCUCUUCGAAAGGAAGUAAUACCAUUUGAAUCGAUCAUUCUUCACAACUAAAGUUCUUCAGUCCAGGCACCUUCACCUCGGUUUUCCUAUCAUGUAUCUGUGUAAGAUCAGAGCCAUCUAGUUCUUUAGCUGCCAUAGAGCAGUUCUUUAAACUAGCAGAUUUAAAGCAUGAAUCUGCCUGUUUCCCUUUCACUUCACAUCACAAUCUACAUGCAGCAGAACUACGAUAAUCUGUUAUCUUUGGAACUUUGUUGGUGGAUAUUACUUUUUAUAUGUUACAAGUUGUAUAAUACAUUUUUCAAUAAAUUCAGAGUUUAAGAGAACGGGAAGCUGAGCCCUGAUAAGUUUAAAGGAAGCUUGGGAAGCUCAACCCGGUGAGUUUAAAGGGAGCUCAGGAAAUGUCCCAACCCGAAACAUCAUGUUCUCCAAAAAUGCUGCCUGACCCACUGAAUUACUCCAGCACUUGGUGUCUUUUUGUUGGUAACUUGCAGCUUGUCAAACAAACGGAAAUGUUCAAGCAGCCUGGCACUGGCUGCAAAGCUAGCCCAAGUUCUAGAUACUCCUGAUCCUAAUCCCCUAUCUCCACCAACCCCUGAUCCCUGGUGUUCUCAGCUCCACUCGAACAGUAGUGCAUGGAUGACCUUGAGUACAUAGACCCACAGGCCCACAUGUAAUGACGUAGUUACUAAUGAGUCAGCCAAAUGCCAAAGUUUACCUGUCUUCCCAUCCACUAUCUGUGGAAUUGCGUUCAAGGUCCCAAUAUAAGGUGCCAUUUAUGGCUUCUGCUUGUUCCUUCCUCAAUCCAGCACCUCACACUGGUCAAAAUGAAUAUGGAUAUCUUUGUUUGAGUAAGCAUUCUCUUGUCCUGAUCAUCUGCCACACAAUGAUUUCAUUUGUACUUCUACUAAAAGAGGGAUUUGGGGUAGACACAAAAUGCUGGAGUAACUCCGUGGGACAGGCAGCAUCUCUGGAGAGAAGGAAUGGGUGAUGUUUCGGGUCGAGACCCUUCUUCAGACUCGACCCGAAAUGUCACCCAUUCUCUCCAGAGAUGCUGCCCGUCCCGCUGAGUUACUCCAGCAUUUUGUGUCUACCUUCGAUUUAAACCAGCACCUGCAGUUCUUUUCUACACAGAGGAAUUUGGGGUAUUCAGUUCAUGCCCUGUCAUCAGUCAAAGAAAAAAAAUGAGAGUACGGGACAAGAUGUCGAAAGCAAGUAAGAAGUAAAGGUCCACACAGAUAGGGACACAAUGUGGCGAGUUGUUCUAGGUCAGUCAUGACAAAUGGUCACAGUAGACAAAUCGUAUGAUAGGACCUAAAUGGUAAAGAAAUGUUUAGGUUCAAAAGUCACAUCACACUGCUUAUUCUUUCUCAAUGACGGAAAAUUACAAGGAAAGUUACACAAUGUAUUCUCUGGAAUUAAGGUGAAGAGGUGUUUGGACAAAUUUGUAUUAAAGAAAUCUCUAGACCGGUUGUGAGAAAUUGUUUCUCCUCAUUGUGGGGCCAGGAUCUGAGGGGCACAGUUUCAGUAUUGGAGCCAGGUCUCGCAAGAGUGAAGUUCGGAAGUAGGUCUACAGUCAAAAAGCAGCACUGAAAUCUUGAUUAUUCUGUAAACCGCAAUUCGUGCUGGCCUGUCAUUUGUUUAAACUCAGAUUAAGAAAUGUUGUUAAGCAAAUGAAUAAUGCAUGUGGGGCAAGAUGCCAUUAUGAGGAAUUAUGUCAAUGAUCUAACAAUUGGCAGAACACAGGCUCAAAGGCCAGGAGCCCAAGCCCUUGUUUGCAUUCCUCUUUUUAAUAUAAACCAAGUGGGUGUGUAUUAUGUUUUUAUAUUUGUAUGUUGUACAUUGUUAAAUAUUCUGGCGGUGCAGAGUUCACCCAAGCAUAGACCACACUGAAUAAAGAUUUCUCUGAGGGACAUUA